GAGCCAAUGAGAGAGACUGUGACAUCCUAUAAUGUGGGGGUGGGGAGCGACGUUUCCUAUAAAAAGGAGGCGGGCCAAGCGCUCCCUCGAGUCUUCCCUCGGGCGCAGCAGCAUGGAUCCCACGCGAGAGGGGCGGGUGGUCAUUAUUGGCAGUGGACUCAUCGGAUGCAGCUGGGCUAUGGUUUUUGCCUCAGGUGGCUUCCAGGUCAAGCUUUAUGAUAUUGUGCAAGAGCAGGUAACAAAAGCCUUGGAAAAUAUUAGCAAACAACUGAAGCAACUUGAAAAGACAGGAAUGCUGAAAGGUUUACUGAAUGCUGACCAGCAACGGUCUCUCAUUACUGGAUGCACAGAUUUAAAGGCAGCAGUAGAUGGUGCCAUUCACAUUCAGGAAUGUACACCAGAGAAUUUGGAACUGAAAAAGAAGAUUUUUGGCCAGUUAGAUCUUCUUGUCAGUAAUGAUGUAGUUUUAAGCAGUUCAACCUCCACUCUUUUGCCGACAAAGUUGUUCACUGGGCUGAAGCAUGUCAAGCAGUGUAUAGUUGCACAUCCUGUAAAUCCACCAUAUUAUGUGCCUUUGGUUGAGUUGGUUCCCCACCCUGAAACAGAUCCUUGUAUAUUAGAGAGAACCUAUGCGCUUAUGAAGAAGAUUGGACAAUCACCAGUUAAACUGACAAAAGAGGUUAAUGGGUUUGCACUGAACCGACUCCAGUAUGCGAUUAUUAGUGAGGCAUGGAGACUUGUUGGGGAGGGUGUAAUAUCUCCAACUGAUCUGGAUCUUGUGAUGUCUGAUGGCUUGGGAAUGCGAUAUGCUUUUAUGGGACCUCUGGAAACAAUGCAUCUGAAUGCAGAAGGAAUGUUGAACUAUUGUGAUAGAUACCGUGAGGGCAUGAUAAAUGUCUUGAAAACCUUUGGGCCAAUACCAGAUUUUUCAGGGGAAACAGAACAAAAGAUCAAUCAGGCAAUGAUUGAAAAAACACCAGCUGAUCCAAAGCACUUAAAUGCCAGGCGGCACUGGCGAGAUGAGUGCCUUAUGCGCCUGUCCCAUGUAAAAAAGGAAAUCAAGUCUGAUGGUAUCAAUCAUCUUUAGAUCUUAGAGUAGUUGUUCAAAUAGUUGCAGCUCUUCCACAGCGUUUAAUCAUGGAAGACAUUAUUGUGAAUGCAAGAGCCCAACUGUUGAUCUGCGCAUUUGUAGUCAAUUUAUUAAAUUUCAGAUUUUUUAUUUAAAAAAUGCAUCCAAAACUAGUUUUAAAUUUAGUUUAAAGCUUUGUGAGACAUCUGAAUGCUCAUACUGCAUUUUUUAGACAGAAAGCCCUGAUUCCAUGCUAUUUUAUAAAAUAAAAGGACAGAUCUUGUAUUCAGUGCUAACCAGCAGCUGUAUGAAGACCAGCACAAUUUCUGUUGGAAUUUAAAAGCUGUUUGAUUUCCACACGUAAAGUGUUCUCAUUGCUGGCUACCAUGAUACAAGAUUUAUGAGGAUUCCACGAAGAAACAAUUGGUUUUAAUGUGGGCUUACUAGCAACUGUCAGAAUGGUGCAGUCUCUUGGAGGCAAUUCUCAUUGGGAAUCUUUGUAAGCUUCACAGAAAGAAUGAACCAUUCUCUCUGGUAGAAUAUUUACAAAACCAGGGUAGUAUAAUAAAUGCUUCAGCACUCAUCUUGCUUUGUUACAUGUAUGCCACAUGGAGAUUUAUUCUGAAUUUUCCUUCAUGUCUUAACCAGUAGUCCGAUAGGAAGUUUAAAGAUUGUGUACCAUGUGGAAAGUUCACCUCUCUCUCUCUCUGCUAUCUGAAGGACUUGUUGACAUGGACUAAAAAAAAGCAUUUACAUUAUAUGGAUGCUCUGAUCCUGACACUUCAUUUUUAAUGCUCGUCUUCAUUUUUAAUCUAUUUUUUAAAAACCUUGCCUUUUAUUUUGAGAUUUUGCAGAAAAUCUGAAUGUUUAGCCAUCCCUCCUACUGCUUCAUGGUGCAACUGGGAGGAAGAAUUAGUGGUGGGCAGAACUGGUUGGUGGGAAGGGAGCAUUCCCAUAAGAAGGUAGUUCUUUCCCAGAUUGAUCAUUGAAAGAAUUAAAUAAGGUUUGUGUGUGUGAAUAUUCGCAUAUCAGUAUAUUGCCAUUAGUCUGCUUCCACUUAACAGAAAAUAAGUUUAUUUAUAUGCAUGAUGGAGAAAACAAAAUCACAAAAAGAGUCUCCACAGCUGUGUGGCUGAAAAUAACGUAAAGGAUUGGAAAUUCAGAUCACUCUCUAAGGUGAAUUUGGUCUGUUAUGGUAAUCUGGCAUUAAUGCGGUCACUGCAAGGCCAAUGCAGAAAAGGAAAAUGCAGUGCCAAAGAAGAAAUCAGUGUAGAUAAUUUCAGUGAUGUAGACAAUCCAUAGGAAAUGAUUCUAGACUGAAAUGCUCAAAUUGUAGGAUCCCUUCUUCUGGAAUUUUGUAAAUUAGCGAGACAGCCCUGUUUACGUAGUUCUAUAUAAUUGAAUCUGGUAGCAUAUUUCAUGCUGUCCUCUUUAUUAUGUUUUUUUAAAAAAACUAUUUUUAUUAUGGAUUGCAUAGUGCUUGGGGAACCUUUCACCUCAAAAGCAACAACAUAUUUCAAAAAGAAAUAAAUAACAAAAGGAACUCUGCAUCGCAUGAACAAAACAACAGGCAUCAUCACUAAUGAUAAGUAAUUCUUUUGUUAUAGUAAAAUCUCUAUAAAAUUUAUUGCUAAAAUUUAUUAGCAAUAUUAAGGAGAAUGUCCCUUAUUUUAAUAAUAUGCUGGACUUAACAAAACUUCUUUUAAAAGAAUGGCCAUAAUGUAAAAUUUUCUUAAUACAAUUGCUUUAUUUGAAAAACUCAUUUGUUCCAAUUUACACAUUUGCUUCUGUUCUGAAAUCAUGCACAAUCUUAUUUUGUGAAAUAUCUGCUUUGCUUGUCAAUAAACAUAUACAACUAAA